GUGCAUAAUACUAUGCUGGAGAAUCUUUGCCUUCCUUUUGAAAUUGUUGGUAAAAGAAUAAGAAUCAAGACAGAUUGGAGUCAAAUAAUUAAAGUUCAUUUGGACAAAAGCCAACAGAUCAAUGUUGAGCACAGGCUGGAUACAUUUACAGCUGUGUACAAGAAACUAACCGGCAAAUAUGUAGUUUUUGAAUUUCCAGAAUAA